GCAAGCAUAUAUUUUCAAGGCGGUCUACCAUUUUCAUUUAUGAAACUUAAGACGCUGGAUAUUUUUGCUUAUGGUUUGAAAAGAUAUGAUAUACCUGGACUGCUAUGCUUAUUCAAGAGCUCUCCUGUCGUCGACACUCUUAAAAUUAUGAUAUGUCCUAAAACAACCAAUGAGGUCCCGAAUUGGAACAACAUUUUGUUGGACAAUGCUAACUGUACUGAAGAGCAAUACUGGGAAAAACAAGCUCCAACUUUGAGGUCAAUCCUGUGUAACAUAAAGAUGGUGACGAUUUAUGUUGGGGAAGGUAUAGAAGAACUUGAGAGAGCAGUUAAGAUGACAAGAUUUUUGCUUGAACAGGGUACAAGCUUGCAAGAAAUGGUUCUUGUUGUACCGCAAUCUAAUGCCAAUAAUCUAGAUACUUGGAAGGACAAAACUGGUCUAACAGAAGGAUUUCGCCCGGCAUCUCCUCAUGUCAAGAUACUAAUCACAGCUCUUUCAAGCAGACGAAGGGCUAGCUGAACUCCAGUCCAAGCGCUUCUCUGCUUAAUGUAAUGACUUUGGUUUUGCUAAUUCCUAACCCCUUGUUUUUCCCAUGUGGUUUUCUUCGGGAGGUUUUAGCGAGGCCCCUUGUCGUAUCUUUUGAUUGUAAGGAAUUAAUGAAUUAUCUUUUUUUUCUUUAAAAA